AUGCAUUACUUUUCCCCUCCAUCAUCAUCUGGUCCAUUCUUACCCGCACCUGAAGUUGCUUUAUCUUAUGAAAGAAAUUCAUAUGAUAUAUUGGUAGCUGAUAACUUUCAUCUUGUCAUGGAUGCUUGUCCAAACAAGGAUACUUUCUGCAAGACCAUGAAACUUUAUCAAAUGGAGAAGGUGUUGAGGGUCGCUAGAACUGCUAGCAAACAUUUGCAAGCAAAACUAAAUGUGGGCAGACAAUCUUCACACACACAUAUAUAUGUAACCGAGCUCGUUGAAAUAUUAAAACCCAUUUCUUAG